GCGUAGUAAACGGUUUCGCGAGAUCAGUUUUGAAGGAGAAUCAUUUCAGCUAAAAGAUUUUUUAUUCGCUAUUACUCUAUCUCGCUCGAACAAUUUUGAUUUCAAUUUGUUGAUUGUUUGCGAAUCGUUCAAAUUACGUAUGCUGAUGAAAUGUGUGUGUUUGCUGUAUGUAUCGGUAAAGUGAGUAAUAUUAAACGCACUUUCAACGAAGUCAGUAACGAAAUCUUUCACCAAUCAAACAACCUCAGCCAACAUCAAACGAUAUUAUACACUGUUGCUAUUUCUAUAUAUACAAAAUAAAUAUAUAUGUACAGAAAGUGAAGGAAAAACAAUCACAAAAAAAAGAAGAGAAAAAUCGGAAGAGCAACAACAACAAAUUCUACAUGGGUAUUCUGUUCGAUGUAGAUGGAGAACCACAUCAAAUUAUUGAUUUACAUGUGCAUUUAUUUUGAAGUCAAAUGAAAAAGAGCAAACAUGUUCUAUGAGUUAAAUGAAAUGAGUGAUGAUUUGGUGAAUUUAUUACAAUUGCCGACUCAAAUCUAAUUGUACAGAUUAUGUGUGCGUGAAAUUAAUUCGAAAAAUCCAAAGAAAAAGCAGCUACACAUACUCAAUAUUUUGUGCUACAACAACAAAUAAGUAAAAAAACAACAAUAUUACAAAAGAAAUAUAAUAAAACGUCGAAAAUACACACUCGGAAAAGAAAACCGAAAAUACCAACAACAAAAAAAACACAUAUCUGAACAGAAAAAUAUAUCACCAAUUUAGCGCUACAUACAACAAAGAACGAGUAAGGAGGGAGAGACAGUGGCAAUCACGACGUAAUUACGUCAACAAUAAAUACAAAAAAAGAUUUCUUCUUGGUUUUUUUGUAUAUGUCAUUAUUCGCUGCCGAAGUGGAGUAGGCAGCAUUGGAUGAUGGUAUUCUUUGCAAUUCUAUCAGCUGUGUUUAAUGUUCCGGUACUGAUUGGACUAUUAAGCAUCGUAUUUUUUGCAUCAAUCGGUAUAUCGUUGGGCGUUCGUCGAGCUUAUAUUAAUGUUUUACUUAAAAUAUUCGAGUAUGGACGUCAAAAAAUCGAGCAAAAGCGAAAGCAAACAAAUCCACCACAAUUAAAUCGACUGGAAUCAGAAGAUGAACGAAAUACAAGUGGCGCACAAGAUGAUCAGUCAGAUGUAGUUGAUAGCACAAAAGAUCAAUCAUCCGAACCAAAUACAAAUGAACAGUGUGAUGGAGAAUUUAAGAGACCCUUUUUGCCAUCAGAGAAGCCAGUCAAACGAAAACAUAAGAAACACAAUUCAAAUGGUAACAUGGUGAUAAGUCGCGAUGAUGCGAUGAUUUUAGUGCCAGACGGUGUACAAAGCACCGAUGGAUUUACUUUUAUUCGAACACCCAAAGGCAGUGAUAAUGAAAAUAGUGACACAGAAACUGAUCAUCCCGUGGAUUUCCACCUAGCCACAUGUCUGGAUUACAUCAGAAAUGGCGUUGAGGCGAUAAUCGAAGAUGAGGUGACCUCUCGAUUUGAAGCUGAAGAGCUAAAGAAUUGGAAUUUAUUGACUCGAACCAAUCGAUAUCAUGAAUUCAUAUCGUGGCGCCUUAGUACCAUUUGGUUUAUUGGAUUUUUUAUACGUUAUUUCAUUUUAAUGCCAUUUCGAGUGAUCAUCUGCUUCGUUGGGGUAAAUGUGGCAAUAAUAGUGUUUAAAUUGAUUGGAACUAUACCGAAUCCAAGACUUCGAAUGUUCGUAAACGAUAAAAUGUUUAAAGUGGCAUUUCGUUUGAUGUGUCGACCGUUGUCAGCCGUUGUCACUUUCCACAAUCCGCAAUAUCGUCCGCGUAACAAAGGAUUCUGUGUGGCAAACCACACAUCACCGAUGGAUGUUGCAAUUUUAGGUGCCGAUUGCACCUUUUCCUUGAUUGGUCAACGGCAUGGUGGGUUCUUGGGCCUGUUGCAACGUGCAUUGGCACGUGCAUCACCGCACAUUUGGUUUGAACGUGCUGAAUCGAAAGACCGAAUGGCCGUUGCACAAAGAUUGCGUCAACACGUUUCGGAUCCGAACAACCCACCGAUUUUAAUAUUUCCGGAAGGUACAUGUAUCAACAAUACAUCAGUGAUGCAAUUUAAAAAGGGCAGUUUUGAAGUCGGUGGUGUAAUUUAUCCGGUUGCUAUCAAGUAUGAUCCACGAUUUGGCGAUCCAUUUUGGAAUAGUUCAAAAUAUUCAAUGAUGCAGUAUUUGUUUUUAAUGAUGACAUCGUGGGCAAUCGUAUGCGAUGUAUGGUAUUUACCGCCGAUGUAUCAACAGGAAAAUGAAUCGGCCAUUGUAUUUGCGAAUCGAGUAAAAAGUGUGAUUGCCGAACAGGGUGGCCUAGUCGAUCUCAGUUGGGACGGUAACCUCAAACGAAACAAACCCAAAAACGAAUGGAAGGAAAAGCAACAAGAAGAAUUUACGAAGCGACUGAAAGGCGAAUCAUAAAUGUUAGAGAGACCGAAAGAAAGAGAGAAAGUGUUUUGUUUUGCGAUUUUAUUUUUGUAUUAUUUUGUAAUACCGCCUUUUACCAAUUUCAUUCUGAGCUGACACAUGACGGUUCAACAACAACAACAAAAUUCAUACAUACACCAAAUACCUUAUCUUCUUUUAACAGAAAAAAAACGAAAACCGAAGAAUAAAACCCACAAUUCAAACGAUGUACUAUAUUUUUUAAGCAUGAAGAAAUUUUAGUUUGGGCUUUUCUGUUUUCCAAUUAUUCUUAAUAAUUAUUUUUCUAAUCUUUUUAUUA